AUGGCUUCAGCAGCAUACUCAACCAUCAAGCUCUUUGCCGGCUCAUCCCAUCCGGAAUUAGCUCACCUCAUUGCCAAAAGACUUAGGCUCCCAUUGGCACGAGCGAAUAUCACACAACCUCCCUCUGGAGAGACUAGGGUGACUAUCACCGAGAGUGUGAGGGAUUAUGAUGUAUAUAUCUUGAAUACUGGCGCAGGAGAAGUUAAUACUCAUUUGAUGGAAUUGUGUAUCAUGAUUCAUGCUUGUAAAAUCGCAUCAGCGAAAAGAAUCACCGCUAUCAUACCUCAUUUCAUGUAUGCCCGACAAGAUAAGAAGGAUAAAUCGAGAGCUCCCAUCACUGCUAAGUUGGUUGCGAACAUGUUGAGAGAAGCUGGAUGUGAUCAUGUUAUUACAAUGGAUUUGCACGCUUCUCAGAUCCAAGGGUUCUUUGAUGUUCCUGUCGAUAACUCUACGCCGAACCCUCUAUGA